GUAGAUGCAGUGCGGGUGUACGUGAACAGCAGCUCUGAGAACCUCCAGUAUCCUGUCCUGUUUGUAGUUCGCCAGCAGAAGGGAGUGUUGUCAUGGCAAGUCCCACUAAUUUUUCGAGGCCUCUAUCAGAGGACCUACAAUUACCAAGAAGUGAGUCGGACCCUCUGUCCCUCUGAGCCAACACCUGAGACAAGACCCUCUGAGCAGAUUAUAUUUGUGGACGUCGCUUCCAUGGCACCAUUUAAUAUUGCAUAUGAGCUGCUAGUUACCAGACUCGAGAACUUCCAACUUGAGACCAACAAAGCCUUUAAUUUUACUGCCAGUCCUUCCCAGCCCCAGUACUUUCUGUACAAGUUUCCUCAGGAUGUCGAUUCGGUCGUCAUCAAAGUGGUGUCUGAUGCAGUCUACCCAUGCUCGGUUGUCUCUGUCCAGGAUAUUGUGUGCCCAGUGUAUGACCUGGACCAUAAUGUGGAGUUCAACGGUGUUUACCAGUCUAUGACAAAGCAAGCAGCUAUAACAGUGCAGAGAAAGGACUUCCCAGGUGAGCAGUUCUUCGUUGUGUUUGUCAUCAAGCCGGAGGAUUACGCCUGUGGGGGUUCUGUGCCUUCCUCCAUUCAUGGGAAUGUUAACCGUACCUGGAACUUGCAGCGGACGAAGAACCUUCAAGUGACGAUUGUGCCCUCUAUUAAAAAGUCUGUUUAUGUCCAGGCCAUGUUCUUCAGCUUCCUGAGUUUCCUCUCUUUUUACCUGGGCUCAGUGGUGGUUGCUUUUGUGCACUACAUCAGGGUUCGGAGGAAGGCUUCAGCUGGGAGAUGGAGUCCUGAGGAUGGAUCUGGGAUUAGGGCGUCUUCGCACCCCAUCACAGCUAGCACCCCUGAGGGAAGCAGCUACGGUGCUAUCGAUGAAUCAAGCUCCAGCGGUGGACAGCAGUUGUCUUCCCCUGGGCGUGGGCCACCAGCUGGUUCUGACACAGACAGCUCUGUGGAGGAGGAGAGUGACUUUGACACCAUGCCAGAAAUCGAAAGUGAUAAGAAUGUCAUCCGCACUAAGGUGUUCCUCUAUUUAUCAGACUUGUCCAGGAAGGACCGAAGGAUUGUCAGCAAAAAAUACAAAAUCUAUUUCUGGAACAUCAUCACUAUUGCCGUGUUUUAUGCCCUGCCAGUCAUCCAGCUUGUCAUCACUUACCAGACGGUAGUGAACGUCACAGGCAAUCAGGACAUCUGCUACUACAACUUUCUGUGCUCUCAUCCCCUUGGGGUGCUGAGUGCCUUCAACAACAUCCUCAGCAAUGUGGGCCACAUGCUGCUGGGCUUUCUCUUCCUCCUCAUUGUGUUGCGCAGGGAUAUCCUCCACCGUCGAGCCAUGGAGAUGAAAGAUGUCUAUACCCUGGACUACGGGAUCCCAAAGCAUUUUGGUCUCUUUUAUGCUAUGGGCAUCGCUCUGAUGAUGGAAGGGGUGCUCAGUGCCUGUUAUCACGUUUGCCCUAAUUACUCCAAUUUUCAGUUUG